AUGGGGAACUUACCGGAUUCAGAGCUGAGCAGGAAGUGGGACCAGUGCAUGGUGGAUGUGGUCCUGAAGACAGGUACUGGUUUUGGAUUAGCCUUUGGUUCUGGCAUGGGACUGGGAAUGGCCUACUCCAACUGUCAGCAUGAUUUCCAGGCUCCGUAUCUUCUACAUGGAAAAUAUGUCAAGGAGCAGGAGCAGUGA